UAAACAAGUUCCAUCAAUGUCAGAAGAUUGAAAUGGUAAGACAAUUUGGUGGCUUAUUUCUAUAAUGUUGUCCUUAUCGUUGCUCUAUGAUCGCUGAGGACCAAUUGGAUUGAAGUAAGCAAUCAACACAGGUCAUGAGGUUGGAACAUCUCCGUCCAUGGUUUUGAAGAGUGUUUUCUGUUUUCUAGGCACGGUUUGACACAGGACAGAGUGCGUUGUUUAGGGGGCCGGCCGGGAGGGUAGGACUCGGAGGGAGAGUCAUAUCGCGUAAAUAAAGAUUUCAGGACGUUGUAAAACCGAUGUUUACUUUCUCCAAGAUGGAACUGGGAAGUAAAUGGUUGAUCUGACACUCUUUUAACCUCCUGUAUGAAGCAGCUUGCCUUCCAAAUCUGCUGAGCAAAUCUGCUUAGAUGAUACAAGUUACCGGCCAAAGUGCCAUGUGAUAACACAGUGUCUGACUGAUAACCUGCUGACUGUUGCUCAACAGAUUGUUAAACAGUACUGUGGGACUUUUGUUUGGAUUGCAUUUUGUUCCACGAUGGCAGUGACUAGAUUGUUUAAGUGCCAAUCCCUCAAAGUCGGCUUCCUCAUAGCUGUCUGUGUCUACCUCUUUCUGACGUUCAUUGACUUGAUCCUUUACAACAAGCCGACAAGGGACCCCAACCACCUGGUGCUAAACCGUAAAAUGGACCUCAACCAUUUGUAUGCAAUCACGCCAAAGGGAAAGGUUUCAAAAAUAGCACACCAAGAUCUUGAGAAGAUCUUUCUUCAUAAUGAUACCAAAUAUUCAAAUUUAAACUGGAAUUUUAAAGGACAUUCGAAUUUUAAACAAUGGGGAGACAAAUUGGAAGAACUCAGAAAGCCGCCUUUUCCUGUUGUUGCUGUUGAUGCGUUUGAGACGGAGCAGUCUUUGAGUGCACUGAAGCCUGAAUUACCGCCACGGAAUGUCACUUUGGAGGACUUGCCAUUCAUGAGGGACGGCCAUUACAGACCAUCGAAGUGUCCCAAGACUGUGACGUCCCUGACGAGAUACUCCAGAUGGUUCCGCGAUCGCUUUCAAUCGAACGUAAAGAUCUUCCUAGAGAAAGCUGACAUCUUGUCGUACCGUAACUACUACAGACUGUUACACUACAGGCUGCCAUUCGGAUUCAACAAUGCGAAUAAAACAAAACUUAGAGCUAUUACCAAGCACUCUCUUUUCAACGACAACCCGCUCACAACGAGUAAGAACAGGAAUAAAUGCACCACCUGCGCUGUGAUUGGCUGUGGGGGAAUCUUGAAUGGAUCAAAAGCUGGUCCUGAAAUCGACAAUCAUGAUUUCGUUUUUAGGUUAAAUCAUGCAAAGUCAUCGGGAGACUUUGGAGAUGACGUUGGGCACAAGACCAGCUUUUACACCUUCUUCCCAGAGUCGAUGCACAUCCCUGAGGUUGAGGAUAAGGAUGCCACUUACUUCUUUUCAAUGUUUAAGACUUACGACAUGGACUACGUCAUCAACAUCCUCAACGAUAAGAAUCCACCAACUUACAGGAGCAGAGGUAGACGCUACCGUUUGAGAAAACCUGAUAUCGAUCCCCAGAAGCUGAAGAUUAUCCAUCCGGAUUUCUUUCGGUACGUCUUCACGAAGUACCUAGAUGGCAAGUCUGAACGCCCAACUACAGGUGCGAUUGUGGUGUUCUUAGCCCUGCAUCUCUGUGAUGAGGUCACAAUCUACGGGUUUGGCUACGACUCGCGCUUCACCCUUCACUACUACGACAAGGAGUUCAUGACGCACACCGAUCGAUCGACGGCGCUUCACGACGUUGACAAUGAACGCGAGCUCUGGCUGAAGUUACAUGACGAAGGGAUUAUCAGGUUAUUCAAAAGGGAUUUAUGAAAAAAAUAUUUUCAUUUUCAGCUUUAGUAUUCUUGGAAUAAAUUGUCUUCUAUAGUUUUGCAAUAUUAAUAAAAUAAAAUAAAAAUGAGUUUAAAAUCAUGCAUUGUAAAUAUAUUCAUAAUUGUGUCAGCUAAUAAUGUGCAUAAACUAAAAUUGUUUUGCUAUAGAUUUUUCUACAGAUUUUUCUACUACUUUAAAAGUUUACCAUUCAAAAAACUAAAUAAUAGUAUUUAACUAAUACUUUUUAAGCAUUGUAUCAAAAUACUUUUUAAGCAUUGUAUCAAAAGGCCUUACACUUUUACUACCCCCUUUCACAGGGACUAGUAUUUCUGAAAUAAUCUCAACUCCUUAGGAGUAUGCAGCAUCGACAGUCAAAUGGGUGCACGCUUCAAAUCAUUCAAAUCGACCCUUGCAGGUCACAUUUACUUCUGGGUGAGGAAUUAAGAAGGAAUUAAAGUAAAGUGUCUAACCCAAGAACACAAGUGUCACAACCAGGAUUCAAACCCACUCUGAUGACUCGGCAAUCAGAACUUGUGUUUGAUGCUCUACACUGGCUCACAACAAAUAAAUGAAAAUGAGAUUUACUUUAUAGAAAAAGGAAAUAAAUUAGGUUGGUUAAAACGAGUGAAGUCAUAAAGUUAACUUUAAAAAAGGCCACUGUUCUAAAAAUGCAUAUGUUCAAAUGCAAUUUUUAAGACCAAUUUAUGUAAUAACAAUAUUUUUAACACGGUGAAAUAACAAGUAUGGACGAAUAAUUUACUUAGCGAAUAGUUUAACUAUUACACUGUGCCUGGUUAACUAGAACCAGGGGUGGAUUUUACAAAGGUAGUCCUAACUUAGGACUAGUCCUAGGCAAUGCUAAGA